AUGGCCAAUCUAAAAUCUGAGGGUUUAAAACUUUUUUUAUUCUUAAUUAGUUUAACAGUAUGUAUUAUUGGUAUCUUAGUAUUUUAUAACGUAACAAAUGUGACAAUUUCAUGGUCAAAUAUCAAUAUAAAAAACAGGUCUAAUUUUACUAUUUCUUCUCCUCGGCUACCAAUUAAUGCACAAUUAUCAACAGAAAAUAUUCGUAAAUUUGCUGUAUUUGCAUCAUCUAUUCAUUCUAAAUUUCGAUCAUACAUAUUCUAUACACCAAUUACAGCAGCUGCAUGGCAACGAAUAGGUUAUGAAGUAAUUGUUAUUUUUGUCGGUGAUUUUACUAAUAAUAGUAAUCCAACAUUAUCACUACAACUUAAUUUAACUCGAAGUUUAUUAGAACGAUUAGGAGUACAUGUAAUAGAUUUUCAAUGUGAUAAAUCAUAUUCUAUAAAAGUGUCACAAUUAGUACGUAUGUUUACUGGAUUUUUAUCAGAUACAAUUGUAAAGGAUACAGAUUAUAUUAUAACAACAGAUAGUGAUAUUAUUCCACUACGUAAACACGAUUAUACAAUAAAAAGUAAUACAAAUGGAUUCAUUUAUAAUGCAUUUUGUUGUGGUUCAUUUAAACGACGACAAAAAACUUAUCAAAUGUAUCCAAUGAGUCAUAUAUGUCUUUCAAAACAAGUUUGGCGUAAUUUAUUUCUUGAAUCAAACCAACGAAAUGAACUUUUAAAUUCGAAUUUAUCGUCUUCAAAUGCUAUUCUACUUUCUGAUAAAGCUCCAUUCUCAUUUGAUACAAUAAGUCUUUACGUACGACAAGAAUUCGGUCAAUUAUAUGAUUCUAAUAUGGCAAAAGGUGAUGCAGCAUGGUAUAUGGAUCAAGUUUUUUCUUCAAUGUUAUUAAAUAAUUAUUGUGAAAAACAUCGGAAUUUUACAAUUGAUAAACGUGAUAGAACACGAUUUCGUCUUGAUCCAGGUUUCUCGCCACAUGCUUGGCAAUUAGACAAAUUAAAAAUAUAUGGUGAUGCACAUCUUAUACAUGAUCCAAUAUUUGAUCCAUAUCAUUAUGCAAUGUUUAAAAAUUUACUAAUUUUUCUGUUUAAUUCAUCAUUAGCAAACGAUUUUGAUUUUUAUUACNAAGAAAAAUACUUAUCUAGUUGA